AAUUCCACGCGGAUUACAGAGGUUGAACUUUUUUUCUCGUACGUCGCUGUGUACAGUGUCCAUAUUACAGAUAUACACAAAUUUUCACCUUCUUUCAGAAAUUCAGAUCCCUCAAUUUGCUUGAUUUCAUCAAACCCCUUUUCGUUCUCCUGUAGUUGUUGUUGAGUAUAGCCAAUGGCCAAUAACGAAGAAUCAAACCCUCUUUUAUCCCCUGAGGUGAAAGAUGAGUUGAAAAAGCCCAAUAAACGCGUUAUUUCUUCUGCUGCCGGCGCAAUCCCAGCCGCUUUUCCGAUGGGGUGGACUGCUGAUGGGCUUCCUAUGGGCCAUGGCGUCGUCGGUGAGACCAAUAGGAGGCAGUGGGAUUCUGGCCUUUGCGCUUGUUUUGGCAGGAAUGAUGAAUUCUGCAGCAGUGAUAUUGAAGUUUGUUUACUAGGGAUGGCCCCGUGUGUGCUUUACGGGAGCAAUGCUGAGAGACUUGGCUCUGCUCCUGGGACUUUUGCCAAUCACUGCUUGCUUUACACUGGCCUCUACAUGCUUGGACAAUCCUUUUUUGGCUCGAACUGUGUGGCACCCUGCUUUACAUAUCCCACUCGUACAGCUAUACGCCGAAAGUUUAAUCUGGAGGGGAGCUGCGAGGCACUCAACAGGUCUUGCGGCUGCUGUGGGAGCUUUGUUGAGGAUGAGGUGCAGCGCGAGCAAUGUGAGUCAGCUUGUGACUUUGCAACUCAUUUCUUCUGCCACCCUUGUGCUCUUUGCCAGGAAGGUCGUGAGCUUCGUCGUAGGCUCCCUCAUCCUGGGUUUAAUGCCCAACAAGUGGUCGUUAUGAUCCCCCCGGGUGACCAGACCAUGGGCCGCUAAGCACAAGUAUAAUGCUUUAGAGUCCAUCCGUUUCCAACCUGGUUUGAUUUGUAUCCAGUUUCUCAAAGCUUUCUGCAGUUAUAUUUCUUGACUUAUUAAUAGUUUCGCCUGUUUUGUAAAACUUAAGACCUGUCUGUAUGUGGUGUGUUUAUAAUGUAUACCUUAAAAGAGAUUGAUUCUGCUAUAAUCUUUGUGUUGCACUGUAUAGAGUUAAGAGAUGUGGAAUAUAGUAUCUUAAACUUUCCCAUGUCC